AUAAGGCUUAUAUUAUUUAUUUUGAAAAGUUGCACACACGCACUCACAUUUAUCAAAUAUUUUGGUCCCUGUUGUCGAAAUAUUACAUAUUACUUAAGACCAUAAUAUACAAAAAAAACUUUCUAGCAUAAAAACAGAAGUUAAAAACAAGCCUUAUUCUUCUUAUUGCGUUAUAUUAUUUUAAAUUAAAUACAUUAACGAAAUGUUAUCAUUAGUGUUCAAUAGUGGUUUAUUAAAAUAUUAUCGAUCUAACUGCGUUGUUAUGGAAACAACUUACAUAUCCCUUUGUCACUUGGAUCGUAUAUGAAGAGUGAUGGUUAACAAAAGUGAACCAUUCAAAAUGGGAGCGUCGAAAGAAAUGCGUUCCUUCGUAAUACUAUUGAAUUACGGUCUUCUGUGCUGUGGGCAGUUCAUGCCAGAGGACUAUUAUUACGAUAUCGUGACGAGAGAUCCUGACGAUCUGAUGCGAGAGAAAGAGAAUGAAGUCCGGGCCCUGAGAGCAUUCCAGGCUGAUUGUGCGGAGGACGUCCAGGUCAAGCCGGAUUUAGUGGUCAACUUGAAGAGCGGUGACUGGCAGACUGAAGACGUAUCUCUCAAGAAAUGGGCCCUCUGUGUGCUAAUGAAACUCGGACUCAUGACGGCACAAGGGGUGUUCAAAAUGAACGAAGCCAUGUCUAAGAUUCCAGAUAUGAAUGAUAAAAUCAUAGCAGAGAAACUUAUCGACGAUUGCCUCAGUCUCCAGGCAACAACGCCACACGACGCCGCAUGGAACUACAUUAAAUGUCAUCAUCAGAAAGAUCCCGAGGGAAAUUUUUCUUCCUUAAACAUCUUCUGACAUUAAUUUUUAUAACAGCACCAUCUGCUAGUUAUUUAUAAAACUAACACGAAAAACGUAAGAUAUCAAAUAAACAAGCGACAUCUACUGGUCUAAAGUUGAACAAUAGGAAUUGAACUGUCAGUUCCAUUAAAUCUAUCUAGAUGGUGCUAAUUUGAACAUCACAGCAAAAUUUUGUAACUGCAACAAGCUUGCUUGCUAUUUAUUGCUUAUGGACAGUAUUUUCGAAAUUACAUAAAAAUUAGAUAGCUAAAAUACGUAACUUCGUGCCUAAAAAAAGCAACGUCUUACGGCCAAUAAUGUAUCUACACCAAUUCGUACUGUUGUGUACUGUGUUUGAAUCUAUCUGAUUUUAAACUAAUUUCUAUCAAUGUACAGGUACAAUGUAUUUAAUUUGCUUAUUUUCAAACAAUUAAAUAAAAUAUAAAUAAAAUAACAGUGACAAAAAAUGUAUCGUUUUGUUAUUAUGAAUAAUAUAACGAUCGAUUAUAAGCAAUUAUCCCACGAAUUCGUAAAAGUAGCCCGGAGUUUGGAACAAAAAGCGAUUCGGCGGCAACGGGGAAACCGAUGCACACACACACACACACACAGAGCACAUCUCACUCUGUUAUUAACAAUAACGAUACACAAAAACUAUUUCACAGGCUAGAAACCAUUUCAACAAAGCAGGUUCUGUAGGUCUUAAAUGUUUUAAUAGUAAGUACAUUAUGUUGAGUACAUAGUGUUAAUAAAUUUACAUUAUUUUCUUACUCUUUAGUGUCUUUAGUUUAAAAUUUUCGUCGUUCUUAUUGGUUUUUACUGAUACCGUCUCACUCGCACUUAUAGUUACUCUUGCGUUCCAUUUCAUUCAUAAUUUCAUCACCUAUUAUGUAAUAAAUAGCUUUGUAUAAGACGUAAAUUGUGGAACUUUA